AUGAACGGCUACACCAAUGGCGCGCACGGCGUCGGCGCAGAUGGAUGGGGAAGCGGCGACGGCACUGGGGACUCCAGAGGCCCAGUUGGCCCAUUCCCGCCCAUCGCCGAAAUCAUAGCCUCUGCGACUGACACGGCCGAGUCGCUAAAACACCAUUCGAUCAAACUCCUCCUCGAACGAGCCAGGGGGCACUUCAAUUCGGCCAAGAACAUGCUCAACAACCGCUCUCCCGCCGGCGCCUACUGGGAAUACAUUGUCGCAUACCAGAUCGUCGCCGAACUGAUACCCACCCACCGCGACUACUACGACAAGAUCAACGGCAGCCGAAGCCAGAUCCACCGCGACUUCAACGAGCUUAUGAAAGAGAUCAAGUCAAACGAAGAGCGGUUUGUGCGCAUAAAGGACAUUAUAAAGAACGACAACAAGAGGAACGGCGCACACCACAGGACGACCUCUACGCCCCCCUCUACAACACAAAGCAACCGAAAUGGCAUGAUUGCGAUGAGGAAAGACGACGAGCUCAUGCUUCCUGAGGUUCCCACCGGAAUCCCAAACGGUCGAGCGUCACCUGCGGCCUCUCUGGAUUCUUCACGGAGAAAACCCCCCGUGCAACCGAAGCCACAAUCGCUGCAUGGGCGGGCUGUGCACCAGAGCAUAUCGAAUGUGAAUGGAGUGAAUGAUCUUGCUCAGCGGUUCGCAAAUCUUAGAGGGACCGGUCCGCUAGUUGAUACAUCGCCUCGCCCCAGCCAAGAUCUGUCCGUCAAAAUGCCCUCUCCUGCAGACUACCAUUCUACAAACCGGAUUAUGGGUCCGCGAGGCAUGCCACCGCCACCCCUUCACAUGCCUCCGCCGCCACCGAAACUACCACUCGAUACGCAAUUCGCGGCUUCACUGCCGAAGGAGCCUAGUCCUACCUAUAGUCCAGCGAGGAACAUCUCAGGCCCUUCGAGCAUCAACGCACCUCGGAGUACACCCAGGAGUUUAAACGGGACCGGGGGUCGUACCAACUCACUCGCCGCGUCCAGUGCAUCAGCAUAUGCACCGAACGCAAACAGUGCGCCCGACUCAUACUUUCCCGCGCAAACCCUUCGAGAUGGCAAUGGGAGAACACGGUCUGUCAGCAAGACGGUCGAACUUGAGAUUGAUGCUAGCAUGCUUUACGAUUACUACCGCAUGUACAAUGUACUCACCAUCGACGUACGAGACAGGACAGACUUCGACGCGGGACACAUCUUCGUGCGGAACAUCAUGUGCAUAGAGCCCUUGACCUUGCGCGAUGGCGACUCCGCCGAACAGCUUCUGGACCGUCUCAUCAUAUCGCCAGAUGAGGAACAGGACAUGUUCGACAAGAGGGCCGACUUUGAUGUGGUCGUAUACUACGAUGAGUCUACAAAGAACAUCGACUUUAUGCAUAGACACAACCGAUCUGACAGCGAAAUUGCGUUGAAGCGGUUGUUCGAUACUCUUCACGAGUUCAACGCGGACAAACCGCUCAGGCGUCCUCCAGUUCUUCUCAAAGGCGGUCUCGACGCUUGGAUGGACCUGGUGGGCCCCCAGGCUUUGAAAACGUCGAACACCGCUGGACAAGUGGCGGCUGGUCCGACGCGGGCCCGGGCUAUCCGACGAUCGCCAGCUGCCAGCCAUAUCGCGAGAAACAACACGCAAAGAAGAUCAAAACGCGAAUACGUUCCCAUGGACCAAGAAGAGCAGCAACAGUGGUUGGAAGAAGCUCGAAAGGGGCGUGCUGCAGUCGAAGUGCCUCCGGCAGAUGGUGAAGAGGAAGAAGAGCCUACACAGGAUUUCUACCGUUCGACAGAAGAGUUCCUACGCCGAUACCCCGAUGUUGAAGCUGAGCAGUCAUCUAUGAUGUACCCGUCCAAGUUCCAGUCGACCAAUCAAUACGUCGCGCCUGCCAUACCCGUCGCGCCUUCUCGUCCGCCGCCUUCUGUUCCUAGGGUGAGCUACAGUGGCGUACACGAUCGGCAAGAACAGAACCGUAAUGUGGUCUACAAUGGACAGCCCCAAUUUAGUAACCUGAGGCUACAUAGGACGGGCCUGCUGAACUUUGGCGUCACGUGCUACAUGAACUCGGUGGUGCAGUGUCUCAGUGGGCAUCUAUUGCUUUCGGACCUGUUCCUCACCGGAAGAUAUCAGCGAGACCUCCAGCGAGAUAACUGGAAAGGAACGAAGGGGAUUUUGCCGGAGGCGUACGCGACGCUACUGUCUAAUCUAUACAAGGGCGAUGUCACCUCCGUGCGCCCAAGCACAUUUAGGCGCAUCUGCGGGCACUUCAACUCGCAGUGGGGCAUUGAUGAGCAGCAAGACGCCAAGGAAUUCCUGGAAUUCGUUCUAGACUACAUGCACGAAGACUUGAACCUAACCUGGAACAAGCCGCCGCUCAAGCCACUUUCGGACCAGGAAGAGUUGCAACGAGAAAGAUUUCCCCGCCAGUAUUCAGCAAUGAUCGAAUGGCGGAGAUACCAACAUCGGGACAUGUCCGUCAUCGGUGGUCUGUUCGCCGGUCAACAUGCUUCGCAGCUUACAUGCCAGACAUGCGGCGUGACAAGUACAACAUAUGAAGCUUUCUGGAGUAUCAGCGUAGAGAUUCCCCGAGACGGCGAAUGCGAUCUACGCCACUGUCUAAACUCAUACUGCGCACCAGAGCGCCUAGCAGGCGACGAACUAUGGCGUUGCCCUCGAUGCAAAAAAGACCGCGAAGCCGUAAAGAAGAUCACCAUCACCCGCGCCCCCGACACCCUCGUCAUCCACUUCAAGCGCUUCAGCGCCUCGCGCACGGAAAGCGCACGGAAAGUGCGGACGCCUGUUAAUUUCCCGCUCCAACGUCUCGACAUGGGUCCCUUUGUUGAGCCACCCAUGACGCCAGAACAAGAAAGAUAUGUGUCGGAAAAGGCCCGAGAUGGACCUGCACAACUUGCUGGCGUGAAGAGCGAUCCUACUAUGAAUGGGCCGUAUGUCUACAACGCCUAUGCUGUCAUAUGGCAUAUCGGUGCUACUCUCGGAAGUGGACAUUACAUCGCUUUUGUCAAGGAUAAGUCUAGGGGAUGUUGGCGCAGUUUCAACGACGACAAGAUUACGGACUUUGAUCCUGGGAAUCUUCCGCCGCACAACCGUCUGCAGAAUGAGAAGGCGUAUAUUGUUUUCUAUGAGAGGGAGAGGGUUGCUGGUGGUGCUUUCUAG